UUUGACAAACAUGUUUGCUUUUGCAGUGUUAUAGUAAUGGAUGAAGCACACGAGAGGUCCCUUAGCACAGAUGUCUUGUUCGGCAUAUUGAAAAAGGUAGUUGCUCAGAGAUGGGACUUAAAGCUCAUAGUGACAUCUGCCACGUUGAAUGCCCAAAAGUUCUCCAACUUCUUCGGAAGUGUUCCUAUAUUCCACAUUCCUGGAAGAACGUUCCCCGUUAACAUCCUCUACAGUAAAACUCCAUGUGAAGAUUAUGUUGAGGCUGCUGUGAAGCAGGCCAUGACUAUCCACAUAGCUAGUCCUCCAGGCGACAUCCUCAUCUUCAUGACCGGACAAGAUGAAAUCGAAGCAACCUGUUAUGCUCUCGCCGAGCGAAUGGAGCAACUGUCGACAUCCACUGCGAAGGCAGUUCCCAAGCUAUCCAUUCUACCCAUCUAUUCCCAGCUGCCUGCAGACCUGCAAGCAAAGAUCUUCCAGAAGGCUGAAGAUGGUGCAAGGAAAUGCAUUGUUGCCACCAACAUUGCAGAGACCUCGCUAACUGUGGAUGGGAUCUUUUAUGUUAUAGACACAGGCUACGGGAAGAUUAAAGUUUACAACCCGAGGAUGGGCAUGGAUGCUCUCCAAGUUUUUCCAGUGAGUCGAGCUGCUGCAGACCAACGAGCAGGGAGAGCAGGAAGAACUGGCCCGGGAACAUGCUAUCGCUUAUACACAGAAUCUGCCUACCAGAAUGAGAUGUUAGCCACCCCUGUGCCUGAGAUCCAGCGAACCAACCUUGGUAAUGUGGUGUUACUGCUCAAGUCCCUGAAAGUCGAGAACUUGUUGGAUUUUGACUUCAUGGAUCCGCCUCCACAGGAGAACAUCCUCAAUUCCAUGUACCAGCUCUGGGUUUUGGGCGCUUUGAACAAUUUUGGAGGACUCACUGAAAUAGGAUGGAAGAUGGUGGAGUUCCCUUUGGAUCCACCUCUAGCGAAGAUGCUGUUGAUGGGGGAGGAAUUGGAAUGCCUAAACGAAGUCCUCACCAUUGUUUCGAUGCUUUCUGUACCAUCUGUCUUCUUCAGGCCCAAGGAUAGGGCUGAGGAAAGCGAUGCUGCAAGGGAGAAAUUUUUCGUUGCGGAGUCCGAUCACCUCACGCUUCUCAACGUCUAUUUGCAAUGGAAGGCAAACCAGUAUCGAGGAGACUGGUGCAACGAUCACUUCCUACAGGUGAAGGGUCUUCGGAAAGCCAGGGAAGUAAGAUCCCAACUGCUCGACAUACUAAAAACACUAAAGAUUCCGCUCACUUCUUGUGGGAUGGAUUGGGAUGUGGUGAGGAAGGCAAUCUGUUCCGCAUAUUUUCAUAACUCCGCGAGAUUGAAAGGUGUUGGGGAGUAUGUCAAUUGUAGAAAUGGCAUGCCUUGCCAUCUUCAUCCGAGUAGCGCUCUAUACGGGCUUGGAUACACACCGGAUUAUGUGGUUUAUCAUGAACUGAUUCUGACAACCAAGGAAUACAUGCAAUGUGCCACUGCAGUAGAGCCACAAUGGCUUGCAGAGUUAGGACCAAUGUUCUUUUCUAUUAAGGAGUCUGAUACUUCAAUGCUUGAGCAUAAGAAGAGGAAAAGGGAAGAGAAGACUGCAAUGGAGGCUGAGAUGGAGAAUCUGCGAAAGGAUCAGGCGGAGUUUCAGAGAGUGAGCAAGGAGAAAGAGAGAGAGAAGAGGACUAAGCAGCAGCAGCAGGUGGUAAUGCCUGGUCUUAGGAAGGGUUCUUCAACAUAUCUCAGACCCAAAAAGUUUGGAUUGUAAUUUUACCAAUAUUUCAUGUACAAAAUUGAUAU